AGACAUAAUAUGUUUUUCCACCUGUCAUCAUAUAGAACACGUGAAUGAAGAGAUAGAAAAAAUGGCCACCGGAGAACCAAGCCGGAGUCAAGCUUCUCCUUACAUGAACCUAACUCUCUCCGUCCAACCCUCUCUAUUUGACCUCUACUAUGAAGAGUUCCUAUCGGAUGUUAUGUCUGUUGAGGAAUCAAGUAAAGGAUCAAAGAAGUUCUGUGAUCUGAAGACUGAUAUUGAAAGAACGGACUACGCUCUCAAUUUUCCAUUUGUUCGAGAUUUCCAGAUUCAAGAGAAGAUUGGUACUAAGAACUUGGAGAAGGCAUUAAAAUACAGAGAAGAAGGAAACAAGUUGUUCCAGGCAGAUAAACCGACUCAAGCAGUUCUCUUCUAUAAUAAAGCAAUAUCUUACAGUCCUCAUCCAUCCUUCCAGCAGUUGGAUACAGACCAGGAUAAGGUGAAGGAGGUUCAGUUUGUGGAUGAGAUCCCGGAGAAGGAGCGGGGGAAGCGAACCCCCUCUAGGUAUGAAGCACUAGCCCUGAGCUACGCAAACCGAUCUGCGGCUUUAAGGCGUUUGUCCCAGUUUGAGGAUUGCUUAAAGGACGUUUCUCGUGCAGCAAAGUUCGGAUACCCGAAAGAGAACUUGCAUAAGUUAUGGGAACGAAAAGGAAAAUGUUAUCACGGACUCCGGAGAUACGAUCUUGCCUCAAAGUGUUAUAGGCAGGCGCUCCAGUGUUUAAAGGAGUCUGGACUCAGUGAUAAUCAAAAAAGUGGGAAGGUUGUUGAACUGCAGGAGCUGUUGAAGGAUAUUAGAAAUAUUGUGCUCAAGUCUGGACCGAGCAAUAAGGAAGGAGAGGUUCAGGAGAGUUCCGAGGAAGAGAAACCUGUUGCUCCGGAGAGAAAUGGUAGAAAAACAAGUUCCAAGGGAGGAAACCCUGAAACUGGAAUGCAGAAAGCUACAAGUCAAGUUUCCAUUUCCCAUAUUUCAACCACAGGGUCAAUCAGAUCGGAGGUGGAUGUACCAGAGUUGAGCUACGGACAGAACCCUCGUCUACCCAGUGCAUCAGUUGGAAUAGAUCUACAGUUCUCUCCGGAGAGAGGACGAUAUUUUGUAGCUACUCAGGACCUUAAACCAGGAGAUGUAAUCUUGAAAGAGGAACCAUAUGCUGCUGUUCUAGAACAUGUAUUCCGUGUAAACCAUUGUUCUAAUUGUCUGAAGAAGACUUCAACUCCGAUUCCAUGCUUCGAAUGCGCUACGGUUCAAUACUGCAAUGAAAUAUGCCGCGAAGAGGGCUGGACUAAAUAUCACAAUGUUGAGUGUGGUAUAUUAGCUUACCUGGAACCAAGCCAGUACUUGGGUCGUCUUCCUCACCUAGCCCUCAGGAUAAUAACGAAGACUGGACUGCAGAACCUAGUCCGACACAGUCAGAAGAUGCUUCCUAGUUCUCCAAACUCCAGGGAUCAAGUUGAUAAUCUCCUCUUUGAUCCGACCACAUACAAAUCCGUCCAUAAUCUAGCAACAAACUCUGAUAAAAGAACCUAUGAGGACCUGCUCAAGAAAACGGCCGAGGCUAUUUUUAUGUCUAAAUGCUUGAAAUUUAACGGAUUCUACGGGAGUACGACAAGUUUUAGUGCAGAGCAACAGAGAGCUGAAAUAUUCGUCUCCAGUCUUAUUCUCAGACAUCUCCAGACUGCAGCAACUAAUGGACUAGAGAUGGCGGAGUGUAUCCUGAAGAAUAAUGACAUAACAAAGUUUGACAUAAUUCCUGUCGGAGGAGCCAUUUUCCCAACCAUGUCGUUCUUCAACCACAGCUGUUAUCCUAACGCCAUCAGGCUCGGGUAUCAGAACCUUCAGCUUGUCAGAGUUAUUCGGCUCAUACCCAAGGGAGCCGAGGUCAACAUUGAUUACGGAUUUGAUUUCUACGCCACACCGAUGGAGUUCCGGCAUAAGCGUGCAAUGGCAAACUACCAUUUCCGGUGUGAAUGUGUGGCGUGUACACACAAAUGGCCGGUUUAUGACAGGUUGGUUGAUCGUCCGCCUCAAUACAGACGCAAGCUGACCCCUGACCUCAUAGAGGAGGUAGCGAGGCAGGCCGCUAACUACGAGGUCGCUAUGGAGCUUCUAGUGAGGUUGGAUAUCAACAAGGCUCUCCCAAUCCUAGCUGAGUAUCUCAUGGUGAUAUCAGAUAUAAUUGUUCAUCCUGAUGCCAGAUAUCUGGACUGUGAGGAAGCGUUCAAGCAAUGUCUAUGGUUAGAGAACAGAGGGUUUAAGGUUCUCCGGGAUAGAUCUAAACCACAGAAACCAAGAGAAGGAUUCUAACAUUUCUGAUACUGCUCACCAUUAUUAAAGAUGUAAAAUAUUCUGAAAAUUCAUUUUUAAAAAAGAUUGUUUUCUGUUGGUAGGACAAUUAUAUAUUUUGAAGGUAAAUU